AAUUGAAAAAAAAAAAAAAAAAAAAGAAAAUCUUACUCUAAUAAAGCUGAGAAAUGUAACCGAACCCUCGAGUCUGAUGUACAAAACAUUUGAGCUUCAGCCUCGUUCGUAGACAACUCUCCAAUGGCCACCGAAAACAAAGCAAAACCCAACACUGCCACAACCAAAGGAAAGAAGAGGAAGCAAUAUCUUCCCUAUAAUAAAGCAGUUAAGAAGAGAGGCGCUUAUCCAUUAAGGCCUGGGGUUCAAGGUUUCUUUAUCACUUGCGAUGGUGGCAGAGAACGCCAAGCUGCUCAUGAAGCUAUCAAUGUUAUUGACUCUUUCUUUGAAGAGCUAGUCCAUGGAAAGGAUUUCAGAGAGGAACCUGCUGGGUUACCAAAUAAGCCUAUAAAUAAAAAGAUUACUUUCUCAUAUAGUGAUGAUGAGGCAGAUGAUGAUGAAGAAGAGGAGGGUGAUGAUGAGGGAGAGGAGGAAGGGCAACAGGAAAUGAUUAAAUCAGAUACUAGUAGAGAAAAUGAUGCUAGUCAAGAAAGUCUAACAAAUAAAGAUUUGGAUCAUCAUAAUUUAGAUGAUGUAUGCCAUGGAAAGGUAACGGAAGAGACUAAUGAUAGUAAAAAGGAUGGAGGAAAUAUUGAAAAUCAAGCAGAUUCUGAGGAGCCACCAGUGAAGAAACAAUGCCUCGAAAUAGAUACAUCAAAGUCUGCAACCAAUGAAAAAGAGAAAUCCAUUGAUAAGCUUAUUGAAGCUGAGCUCACAGAGCUUGGAGAUAAGAGUAAGAGGCGGUUCCUCAACCUUGAUUCUGGUUGUAAUGGUGUUGUCUUUGUUCAAAUGCGGAAGAGAGAUGGGGAUCCUGGCCCUAAAGAUAUUGUGCAGCAUAUGAUGACAUCUGCUGCAUCAACAAGGAAGCACAUGUCAAGGUUCAUUUUAAGAGUCUUACCAGUUGAAGUAGCAUGCUAUGCUUCAGAAGAGGAAAUUACAAUAGCAAUGAAGCCUCUAAUUGUGCAGUAUUUUCCAGUGGAGACACAGAACCCUAAGAAGUUUGCUGUACUGUACGAGGCCCGUGCAAAUUCUGGUAUUGACAGGAUGAAAAUUAUAAAUUCAGUUGCUAAGUCUAUACCUGCACCGCACAAAGUUGAUCUUAGCAAUCCUGAUAUGACAAUUGUGGUUGAAAUUGUUAAGACUGUCUGCUUGAUCGGAGUUGUUGAGAAGUACAAGGAGUUGGCAAAAUAUAACCUGAGGCAACUUACAUCGCCAAAGCAAUAGAUGCCGGUUACAUUGGAGCUGCAGCGUUUAAAAGUCCUGUUAACACUUACAUCAAUGCCGGUAGUGAUUAGGUUCAAUCUCCAUCAAUUUCAAAUAUUGAGGAUUUGGACUCAUAAGGUGAAGUUUUAAGAGAUCAUUUCCGUUAGGAAGCUAGGUUUAAUGGGAGAAAGAGGAGAGUUACCAUACUAUGUUGAAUUUGGACAACUUUCUUCUAUGUUUCAUUGAAACGUGGAACGUAAAGCAAACCUUCUCCCAUCUUUGGCAAUGAUAGUUACUUAUUGAAAAGCUUCAUUGAAA